AUGUCGCUUUCAGUCCAGUCUUUGAACGGCGACACAUGCUUCCUACUCACAUUCGACCCACCGGCAGCCCCACUGACGUCGCCGGGGCUCUUUCCCGGCUCUUUUACGAUUCUAGUUGACCCCUGGCUUAGCGGACCCUCGAUCAUCCUCAACUCGGUCUUCUCCCACUCUGAGCAAAAGUCGAAGCCGUGCAUCGCCACCCGACCAUUGCCAUGA